AUGUGGAAAGCUGGCAGCAUGUCGGCGGAGCUGGGGAUCGGACUCGCUCUGCGAGCAGUGAACGAGCGCGUGCAGCAGGCGGUGGCGCGGCGACCGCGGGAUCUCCCAGCCAUCCAACCCCGGCUAGUAGCGGUCAGCAAAACCAAACCUGCAGACAUGGUGAUAGAGGCCUACAGUCAUGGGCAGCGCACUUUCGGGGAGAACUAUGUUCAGGAACUGCUUGAAAAAGCAUCAAAUCCUCAAAUUCUGUCUUCGUGUCCUGAGAUCAAAUGGCACUUCAUUGGCCAUCUACAGAAACAAAAUGUCAACAAAUUGAUGGCUGUCCCCAACCUCUCCAUGUUGGAGACGGUCGAUUCUGUGAAGCUGGCCGACAAAGUGAACAGCGCGUGGCAGAAAAAAGGUUCCCCCGAAAGGUUAAAGGUUAUGGUCCAGAUAAACACCAGCGGAGAGGAGAGCAAACACGGCCUGCCCCCUGCAGAGACGGCGGCCCUGGUGGAACACAUCAACGCCAAGUGCCCCAGCCUGGAGUUCGUGGGGCUGAUGACCAUCGGGAGCUUUGGGCACGAUCUUAGUCAAGGACCGAACCCGGACUUCCAGGUGUUGCUGUCCCUCCGGGAGGAGCUGUGCAGGAAGCUAGGCGUCCCUCCCGACCAGGUGGAACUGAGCAUGGGCAUGUCCGUGGACUUCCAGCACGCAAUUGAAGUGGGAUCUACAAACGUCCGCAUCGGAAGCACCAUUUUUGGAGAGCGAGAUUACUCCAAGAAAGCGGCCCCAGACAAGCCCGCAGCAGAGCUGAAGGCCCCGGAGGAAGUGGCCCAGGCACACUGA